CGAGGUUACAACAGUAGCCUAUUGUUUGUUGCUUACGAGUACUGGACAACAGCUGACUGUCAGCAGAACGGUAUAUUGAUUUCUCCUUGGCACUAGAAAAAAAAGCACAGGAAUUAUCUUAAUUGAACAACAAUUUCGAGACCCUUCACACAAACAACUCCACUCUGAUAGAAAAACCGACAAACUAAAACAGGACUGAGAAUGUACACCGUGCCUUCAUCCAUAGACAAUGAAACUGUCUCAGUUCCAGCCAGUCUUAGAGAUACCCUCUCAUGCCUUGAUGUUGCAUGGGCUGACAUGUUUGAGACUGAAGACAUUAACCCUGACACAGCUAGACAGCAUCAGGCUGAUUUUCUUAAAGGAGCCCCACCAAAGUGGCAGAAUUUUGACACAUCAGUGAAUCGGCCGACACUAGUACCACUGGUCGAAAGGGACGGCUUUAAGGAUUUAAUACAGUUAGUUGAGGAAAAAACAAGAAAACGCUCUCUCAUCACUGAUGUUUCUUUACGAUACCAGCCUGGCAGUGGAGGGUCUACUCUUGCCAUGCAGGUGCUUUGGCAUUUCCGGAAAGAUCUCAGAUGUGCCAGAGCGAUCGAUUCAGAUCUAAACACUAAGCUGUCAGACCUGUCAGAACAUGUGGUGGACCUUUUCCUACUGUCUAAUGAAGAACAAGCAAAACAAGAUCGGAGAACUGUGAUGCUGUUACUGGACACCAAGGAAAAGAUGGACAAUGAUCUGCCAAUCAAGAACAUUCUCUGUAAUAACCUGAAUGAAGAAAUCCAUAAGAGGGGCGUCAAAACGGACUCUCCAGUUGUGAUCAUUUUAAACUGCAUCCCUACAGACUUCACUCUAACCGACACACUGAUUCUUCCCCCAAAUCUCUCUGAAGAGUCAACAAAACAAUUCAAAGAAAAAGUUCUGCAACAGAUCCGACUACAGGGGAAAAGCCAAAGGAAAGUUACAACCAUCAAUCUGCACCACAAAGACAGCGACAGAUCAACACUGGCCCUUGGGGUACUGUCAGACUUGAGCGAGGAGUUCACCUGUGAAACCCUGAGAGAACCAUUUAAUACAGAUAUCGCAGAAAAUAAAAAGGUGUUCACAAGUGAGAUUGAAAAUAUGGCAAACGGAUUGCUCAGUACACAUAAAACAAAUAAAAAAACUGUGCUUCUCCUGUUGGAUCAUAAAGAUGACAAGUCACUACGCUACUUAUUAAAGAAUCUGCAGUCGAAGCUUAAGCGUGCUGAUCGCCCUGCAUUCAUCAUUAUCAAUGCUGUAAGCAAGAGGGCUGUUCGAGUACCAGGUGACGUGAAACUUAAAAUGGAGCUCUUACCAGAUGAGAAGAAGAGGUUUGCUCAGAAGUCGCUGGAGGUGAAAAGUGAACACAAGAAAAUGUCACAGAAGUUGCAUGCCUUUAACAUAAUGCAGGGAGGUUUCCAGAAAGAGGAUGCAGAGAAAGUGAUCACAGAAGAAAUGGUGAAUCAUAUUGAAAAGAACCCAAAGUCCAAAGAAACAAGACUUCUCAGUUUUCUGGCUUUGAUAAAUUCAUAUGUUCCAGGUUCACACUUGUUGAAGCUUUUGUGCAAGCGAUUCAUUGGCAAAUCAGAAUGGCCCACUGAUGACGGAACACCUUCGCUGGAAAUGAUACUAAAGCCUUUCAAGGAUCUCACAGUCAUAUUCUCAGAGGGAGAACAGAAAGCCGACUGCAUACGUCUGGCACAUCCAAUGAUUGCUGAUGCCUGUCUAAAACUGUUCACUGAGCACAAUGUGACCAAAUCUCUUAUUGCUCUUGACUUCUUGAAGAGCAUGGUAAAAUCCAAUGAGAUCAGUUAUGUACAAAUUUGCAAGAGUAUGUUAGUCACUAGGCCUAAGGGUCUGAUGGAUAAAGAAACGUUUUCCAAACUGGUUCUUGACAUCUUGGAUGAAGGGGAAAAUAAUACUAAGCAGUGCAUUGAUUUGUUGAAGUUGGCUUCAUUUCUUUUCUCAACAGACCCUGUUUAUCCUCAAGCACUUGCACGUUUGUAUUACAUUAAGGUAAAGGAGGAGAACAAAUUUGAAAAGGCAGAACAAUGGGCAACUGAGGCAAUUAAGAGAGAUCAAGAAAAAUCUCAUAUAAAGGACACAUUGGGGCAAGUUUGCAAAAACCACCUGCGAAAUCAUUUUAAGAAAACAUUCAGAGACAUUAAAGUGUGUUUGGCUAUUGCAAAGUCUGCCAUUGACGGAUUUCAUGAUGAAGCAAAAGCAGCUGAAGUUGAGUCAGAAAAGGACACCAGAUUCAAUAAUAGGGGCCAGUUUGGUUUUCUCCAGGUUUGCAAUAUCAUUCAUGACAUGCGUCCUGAACAAGAAUACAUCAGUAGUCUCAAAGGUCUUAUUGAGUCCAGAUAUAAUUUCUUUGAAUGGUACCUGGUAUACUCAAGACCAAGCAUCAAAGAAGAGGAAAAAGACUACAUUUGUGAAGAUGUUGAAAAGUGCUACAAACACUAUUUUAAACAGGGUGAGCAGACUGGUGAAAUGACCCUAAAUGAGAAGAAAAUGAAGUCUUUUGCAGGACUACUUCAUUUCUUACAAUCUGACAUCAAUGUGCUUGAACAAAAUUGGAAUGCAAUCGAAAAUCCACAGUCCGAUAACGAAACCCAAAUGGUUCUCUACAUUCUUGCCAACAUCAUCUUGAGUCAGUUUGAUAAACCGUGUGAAAAUCUUCAGGAUCUUCAGGCCUGGUUACAGGAGCUUUGGAAAACAGAAGAAAAACACAGAAGCCCAGAGUUUUACCUCUUGAUUCUUUUGCUCUUUUGGCCUGAUGAAGCACAGCCAGUAAUCGCAGACCUUCCCAACCUUAAAGACUGUGUCCAAUAUAUGAGUCAGUCAUAUGAGAAAAAGUAUCAGAAAUACCUUCACGGUCGCUACCUGGUGCCUCUGUUCUUCUUAGGGAAAGGAAGUGGUUUGCAGAGACUGGUUCAUGCUUUAAAACCACACAAAAAUGAUCUGCAGAGAAUUGACCUGGAGCUCCUCUCUGAAGAAGAUGAAAAUGUAGAAGCCAGCUGUCUUCAGCGUAUCAACGGGGAGGUGAAAAAACAUCAAGUGUUUGCUGUUAGAGAUGGGCAACAGAUUCAAGUUACCCCUCACAAUGAGACUAGUGUGUACAAAGAAGGCCGGGUGUCUUUCUACCUUGGCUUCACGAUCAAAGGACCUGUUGCGUGCAACAUCAGAUAUGAUGAGAACAAUAAGUAAAGUACUUCAUAUUUCAAACUCAUGAAACACUUUCGUCAAACAUCUGUCAGUAGUACCCUGUCAACUGUAUUUAAUUAUCAGUGAAACAUUCUAUUCCAUUUUCUCUACAGUUUAUAUCUGAAUUGUGAGAUUAAACUGCUUGACUUGGUGACAGCGGGCUGGAAUGAAUCACUGAACUCAAAUGUUCAAAAGAAAGAAAGAAAGAAAGAAAGAAAGAAAGAAAGAAAGAAAGAAAGAAAGAAAGAAAGAAAGAAAGAAAGAAAG